CUCAGCAUCCUUCCAACAUCCGCGGAGAGGCGAGCCGGAGCGCGCAGCGCAGCGAGCGGGACAUUCUCAGGAUAUCACAGUGAACGGAACCGCUUUUAGUCAAACGAGAAACUAAACAACCGAACGCGGAUUUUUAGAGAAGAAGAUUUGAGGAGAAAACACUAUUUCGGUUGCCGGUGGAGAUAUUUCGUUUGGGACGCAGAGAGAAGAGAGACAUAUCGCCGGCCAUGCAGCACUACGGGGUGAACGGCUACUCUCUCCACGCUAUGAACUCACUGAGCGCCAUGUACAACCUCCACCAGCAGGCGGCGCAACAGGCCCAGCACGCCCCUGACUACAGGCCCUCAGUGCAUGCCCUCACUCUUGCAGAGAGACUUGCUGGCUGCACAUUUCAAGACAUUAUCCUCGAGGCCCGGUAUGGCUCCCAGCACCGAAAGCAGCGGCGCAGUCGGACAGCCUUCACCGCCCAGCAGCUGGAGGCCCUGGAGAAAACUUUCCAGAAGACUCACUACCCUGACGUGGUCAUGCGAGAGCGUCUGGCCAUGUGCACCAACCUGCCCGAGGCACGCGUUCAGGUCUGGUUCAAGAACCGACGGGCCAAGUUUCGCAAGAAGCAGCGCAGCCUGCAGAAGGAGCAGCUCCAGAAACAGAAGGAGGCGUCCGGAGCUGCCGAGAGCUCUGCAGAAGACUCCAAGACGGACCUCAACGCCACCACUACCAACACCACCGCCGCCGCUUCCACCACCCCUCUGGUUACCGAGGCCCGCACUCCUCCACCUCCUUCCUCCUCUUCGUCCCGUCAAUCGGAGACAGAGAAGCAGGCGGCCGGCCGGCCCCAGCCUGGAGAGACCAGCGUGGAAGUCAACGUCACCUCCCCCGAGGCGUCGGACAGCGAGUCGGCAGCAGAGGAUAAUGCUGACAGAGAGGAGGAGGAAAUGAGAGGGGGGACCGGGGUGAAGAUGAGGGAGGAGACGCAUGGGGAGGGAGGAGCGCGGCCCGGGAGCAGCUCCCCGUCCUACAAACAGCUGAGCCCCACAUCAGACUCCCCCCUGAGCUCCCCCAACAUGGCGUCCUCCAGCGGCAUGCCCGGCGGUUUGGCGCAGAGCAACUCUUACGCCUCGUCUCCCCUCAGCCUCUUCCGGCUGCAGGAGCAGUUUCGCCAACACAUGGCGGCCACCAACAACAUGGUGCACUACCCGUCCUUCGAAAUGAGCCCGCCGUCCUCACUGCCCUACCUGGGCAUGAACGUCAACAUGCCGUCGCCGCUGAGCUCGCUGCCCUGCCAGUCGUACUACCAGACCCUGUCGCAGGCCCAGCAGGUAUGGAACACCCCGCUGCUGCAGGCGCCCCCGGGCAGCCUCUCCGGAAGCCUCAACAGCAAGACCACCAGCAUAGAAAACCUGCGCAUGAGGGCCAAGCAGCAUGCAGCCUCGCUGGGGUUGGACACGCUCCCCAACUGAAGUCCAAGUCAGGCCCCUGCCUGUGAAUCGAGGGCCUUGUCCAGUAGAGGUGACUCUUGGUGGCCCCUCUUCACCCUCGUCUUGCCCCCUCGUCACCGCCAGCGUCUGAGCGCGUCCGUCCAAAAGAUUUAAACCUGAGCUCCUGGCGGCUACCCAAUUGGCUAACGUAAUGACGUAAUUUGUCAUUUCUUGUUUUGUUAUUUUACUAAACAGCCGCUGGUCUUUUCUGGCAGUUUUCUAGAUAUCAAAUAAACCGUAAAUUCCAAAAACAACAAAGCAGUUGAAAGACGUUUUUUUUGUUUUUUCUUCGAGCAGGCACUUUAGGCGCCUUCCCUCAGUUUGGAGCCCAGGGUGUUUGACGCAGCUAUUCCCCCUCGCCGCAUCGUCAGCAUGUGGGCAUGCAGCUCACUGCCGGCAGCACAACAAGCCAACGAGAACAGCUCCGAACUCAAUGAACUCGGUGAAACAAACAAAACAAAAAAGACCGCACUGCCGUAGUGACUGAGAAGAACUUUCUCCCGUGGAUCUUGUGCUUGUAUCCAAUUCCUCCCGUUCACCAAGUCAAGGCCGGGGAAGAAGGUUUUGAACUAGUGAGCUGAUUCCAGCACAGAUAUAAGAUAUUUAAAUGUUCUAUAACUCAACCCCUGAAUGUGAACUUUGCAUGCGUGCACCCCUCUGAAGCAUGGCUUACAGCCGCAAAAUACACAGAAUGAAGUUGCAUCUGAUCUGUUUUCAGAAGUAAAGCUCAAAUCACUCAAUAUAAUCCCCUCUCCACUGUAUUUCUUUCCACAUUCCUCCGCUUGUUUAAAGUUACGGCGCUCAGCAGAAUCCAUCGAGCGUUGUAAAUGUCCUUCGGCGUUCGCCUGCAUCCGCCCGGCUAAAGAGGAACUCCAUGUCUUCUUUUGUGUGAAGGAUUUGAGGGGAAAUGUGGGGAGGAUCUGCAGAGGAGGCACAGCGACAAAUAAAUAUGAACCCAGCCGACAUAUUUCUAUUUGUUAACCGAACUCGACCACUUUUUCUGGGCCACUGGUUUCAGUCAGAAAGAUGCACAGGCCAAUUCUCUAUGUAUUAUAUCACUGUAGAUUCAAGACAUGUAUUUCUCAAUUGUUUAAAAUGUAAGUAAUUUAUCUGUUUAAUGCAAGGGAAUAAAUCACACAUAAGAAUGA